AUGGCGACUGUGAAUUGCCGACGCUUUCUGGCAGCAUGGACGCGAUUUCAGACGAAUAACGAGCAUCAGAUGGAUGGAGACGUUAUUACACAUUACCAACAAUUGGCAUUACACUUUCAGCAGAUUCUUCAAGAUGACGAAGAGUCAAGAGCUUUACAAUCCGACGUUGUCUCCGUUCUGGUCGCUAUUGCUGCACUCAAGAAAGAAGAAGAAGAGUGUAUGCCGAAAUCUCGACGAAUCCCACGAGCGUCAGAGCUCGUGAAGCUUCGAGAAGAACGAAUUACUGUGACGUCUCAAGCUGCAAGAACGGAGCAGAAAUUACAGCUGCAACUUGGUGAAAAGAUGGAGAAGAAGGAGGUCCAUGCAAUGCCUGAAGUGCGCACGGACUUGACUGCAGAUGAUUUUAAGUCCAUGUUGAAAGUAGCUGCUCCACAAGAGGAGAAACUAUCAACAAAGGCAAUGAGAAGACGACUUGGUUUGGUAGAUCGAUCGGAAGCACUGACGAGUGCACCCGAGACAGUUGUUCGAGAAGAGCAGGAGUCGAUUCAAGCAGAAAUGAUGUCGCUGGCGAAACAGCUGAAAGACAGAACGCAAACUAUAAAUCAUUCCUUGGCGGAGGACGUCAAGAUGUUAGACGCUGUGGGUCAAAGUGCUCAGUCGAAUACGGCGCUGCUUGAACGAGAAAACGAUAAGCUGAAGAAGCAGCUGGCUUCGAGCAUCGGACUCUGGACGUCGCUGUGGCUUGUAGCAAUGCUGGUUGUUGUCUUUAUUGUCACAUAUUUCUAUAUGAGAUUGUUUUCGCGACGGUGGUAA